AUGUCGACGUACAACUACGCACCACCACCCCCUCCGCCCCCUACGUCUGGCGGCGCCGGCUACGGACAGUCGAGUUCGACUCCCUACGGCCAAGGCCGCGGCGGCGGAUCAAGCAGCCGUAGAGGCGGCCACUACCACGGCGGUCGGGGCGACUACCACAGCUCGCAGCCGCGGUAUGAAUACGCUGGGCAGCCAUAUCCUGCCCAACACGCUGUGCCGUACGGCAGCUCUCACCCGCAGGCGAAUGGCUAUCCGGCUCCCCAACCGCAGUGGGCUCCCGAUCACGGCCAUGCUCAUGCUCAUGCUCAUGCUCAUGCUCCUGCUCCUGCGCACCACGCCCACCCGCACGCUCCUGUGCCGCUCUCUGCGUCCAAUUACCACCCAAACUACGCUCCUCAAGCUUAUCCCCCGUCCCAGUACCCUCAGCAGGCUCCCUAUGCGGCCCCUCAGCCUUACCCCUAUCAAGCCCCCCCUCCUCCACCCAACCAGCCGCCGCAGUGGAACAACCAGGGAGCUCCUCAGCCGUAUGGCAGCGGUGGCAGAGGCCGUGGAGGAUACGGUGACCGUGGGGGCCACAAGCAAUCUCACAGUGCACCUCCCGUCCGUCACGGCCACGAGUAUGAUGCAGCGCACCCUCCGAUGAUCGGCGGAUAUCCCCAGCCAUACCCCCCUGAUCCUCGAGUUGCCCAUUAUCCUCCGCCGCAAUAUGCUUACACAGCACCUCCGCCCCCUCCCGUCAGCUCCCGUCACUCAGACUCUCCCCACAGCCAGUAUUCUCGUCGAGGCCGCGGCGGGCACAGAGAGGGUAGUAAGGGGCGGGGUGGUCAUCAUCAUUCUCAUCACCAUGGAGGGGGUGAUAAGGCACGCCCUCCAAAGCAGUCGAGUAACCAUGUUGACAGUGCUGCAAAGCCCGACAAGCCCGAGUCCCCAUCAGCAGGCAAGAAGAAGAAGAGAAAGACCAACACUCUUGGCUUGACCCCGGGGGUUGACUCGGAAACAGAAGAUGAUGAGGGAGAGGAAAAGACACUCACCGAACUCAUCGGUCAGGAAGCCCUCAACAUCAGCGAUGUUGCGGCCUUUAUUGCAGAGCGAAAGAAGAAAUUCCCCACCAGAGCGCGUGUCGAAGCCAAAAAGGCUGCCGAGUUGGCGCAACAAGAAGAGGACAAGGCUGCCUCUUUGGAGAAGGAGGCCGACAGACUUAGGAAGCAGCUGCGCAAGGUCGAGUUCUCCAUCAAGAGAAAGCGAGAGCAGGGUGACGAAGGUGACGAGAUGCGCGAUCCCUCCGAAGACUCGUCGGAUGACGAGCCCGAAGUCAUGUCCAGCCGUACCCAGACGGCGCCUCCCGCUCCCUCAGCCAACAAGGCUGACAUUACCAGACACUGCAAGUACUACGCCACCGGCGGAACGUGCGGUAAGAAGGGCAAGUGCCGCUUUGUCCAUGAUCCCCAAGCUCGGGAGGCGGCCAUCAAGGAACGCGAGGCCAACAAUGGUCGCCUCACCAUCCAGCAACGCUUGAUUUUGAACGACAAGGAGCAAGAAGACCUGGCCGUCCUGCAGUCUAUCCAGUACCUUCGCGAAAAGGCAUCUACGCCUGCUCCUGUUUCUGCAUCUGCCUCUGCUUCUACACUGCCUCCCUCCACGUCUUCCCUCCCUGCCAUCCCACCUCAGCCUGCCAAGAGGGAGCCACCCCGCAGAAGCAAUCCGCCUUCCUCCUCCGUACCUACGGCUAAUAGUACCAGCACUCAAGGAGUCCGGCCCUAUCAAGGCUGGCUCUUGAAGCCGUAUGGAAGCUCAAGUGGCAAGCAAUCGCAGAGUGACGAUCUUCCUUGA